CAUCACACCAUCGAUCCCGUAGUACUGAAGACGUUCCCAAGAUGGUAUUACUUGGAACAGCACACACAACCGACAUGUGCUAUAUGUAUGGAGGAGUUCAUACCAGCAUGUCUCAUGCGAACAUUGCCGUGUUUGCAUCAUUUCCAUGUUGACUGUAUCGAUCGGUGGUUGCUCGAAGAGAGCUCAGAAUGCCCCUCAUGUAAGACUGAUUUCGGCUGUGG